ACGGCUGCGCCCGCACCGUUUUUCCCGGCUCCUCGCCGCGCUUCGGCGUUGCGGCGGUGUUGAGAUGGCGCUGGAAGCGCGGGGCAUGGAAGAAGAUGUGGAGGAUGGCGAGCUUUCCGACUCGGACUCCGACAUGCCUGGCGUCGGCUCUCCUGGGCACCCGCAGCAGAAUUCACUUGGUGGCAAUGAUUUGGGCAGACCAUUCCAGAGCAGUAUUUCAUCAUGUACACCAAGUGUUCCUUACCGAACAACCAAAAGUGUAGAUUCAAGUGACGAAAGCUUUUCUGAAUCUGAUGAUGACAGCUGUCUGUGGAAACGAAAACGACAGAAGUGUUUCAACUUCCCUGCUGCUAAAUCCGAGCCUUUUCAGUUUAGCCAGAGCCACCAAAAACAAACUGGUGUAGGUGGCAAGAAGGUCAACAACAUUUGGGGUAUGGUUCUCCAGGAGCAGAAUCAGGAUGCAGUGGCUAAUGAACUUGGAAUUCUAGGCAUGGAUGGUAGUAUUGACAGAAGCAGGCAGUCUGAGACUUACAAUUAUUUACUGGCUAAAAAGCUGAUGAAGGACGCUCAGCAAAAGGAGGCAGAGACUUUAGAUAAAGAACUGGAUGAAUACAUGCACGACGAUAAGAAAACAUUGCCAGCAGAAGAAGAAAAUGGACAAGGCUCUGUUAGACGGAAGCGACAUCUGAAAGAUAGACUAGGUGAAAGACAAGAAAUGAAAUACAAAGGAAGGUAUGAGAUAACAGAAGAAGAUUCAGAGGAAAAAGUGGCAGAUGAAAUCGCUUAUCGCCUUUGUGAGCCAAAGAGAGAUUUAAUUGCCCGGGUAGUGAAAAUAAUUGGGAAGAGGAAAGCUAUUGAACUGCUUAUGGAAACAGCUGAAGUGGAACAGAAUGGUGGACUCUUCAUAGUGAAUGGCACUCGGAGAAGAACACCAGGGGGCGUUUAUUUAAACCUGCUGAAGAACACACCUAGUAUCAAAGAAGAACAAAUCAAGGAAAUAUUCUACCUGGAGAAUCAAAAGGAGUAUGAAAACAAAAAGGCUGCGAAGAAGAGGAGAAUACAAGUUCUAGGAAAGAAGAUGAAAAAAGCCAUAAGAGGGCUAAACCUGCAAGAAUAUGAUGAUGCAUCUCGUGAGACUUUUGCUAGUGAUACGACUGAAGCUCUGGCUUCCCUGGAUGAUCUACAGGAGGGGCAUCAUGAAGCAAAGAUGGACCCUGAAGAUAUUAUUGAAAUUGAUAAUGCUCAUGAUUUGGAGAUCUUCUAGUUGCUAAUGUUCUUGAUAACAAAGUCUCUGUAAAACAUGUUAAAUUAGCUGGUUUAUAAUCCCAUGACUUCUUUUCAUAAUCUGCAAAAACAUGCGAAAUACUUGAUGCUGAAGAAUGUCUAUUAAUUCUUAGCUAAAUUCUACAGCAUGAAAGAUUCCAAUUGUCCUAUUACUUGUUUGCUGAGUCCUCAAAAUUAUUUUAAGUUUUUUAUAGGUAACAGCUCUACAUCACCAUGUUUCUUCCUUAGGAAAUUUUUAGUUACAUGUUAGCUAUGUUUUAGAUUAAAAUCAGAAUUAAAGCUAUGUUUUAAUCCAAUACAUCAAUUUUAAGUUGUUGAAGCUGUCAAAGUCUGGAAGUGAGCAAUGCUCCUUGUUACAGUUGUACAGGAAAAUCCAGUAUAACGUUAGUCUUGAUAGAAAAGAUCUUGUGUGCCUAUAUGCAGUAUGUUGGCAAGAAUACCAGAGUUUAUAGAAUUAAAGACCUGUAAAACCAGAUUGUUUUGUAAAAGUUACUGACCAUUAAAAUUGUGUUUAUUUCACAAACCAAUCUUGUAAAUAA